CAACUAGCUAUACUUGUGAAAACAGAAGCUCGCUUGGGUGAUCACCAAUAUGCGGUUCUGAAGCUUGUCUUUUUCUUUCCGUUUCAUUUGAUUGCAUGUUUGUCUCCUUUGACGACUUGGCUGCAAAUUUUUCAUUGCUUAAUGAACUAGCAGGGUACAGCUACACUUCAGAGAAGAGAGACUAUGUGGUGCUGGGAAUAGAAAAGGAAAAUAAUAAAAGGAAGCUGAAAACUUUUGUCUCGUCUUACUAAAUAAGCUGAUGGAGGAGGAAGAGCUCGGUAAAGCAGCAAUACCAAGAGCCAAGAAAGACGUUGCUCCAGGGAGGGUUGUUGAUACCUAUGCGGCACAAUACGAUACUUGUCACAAGUGGAGAGUGAUUGAUAGCCAGGAGGAGUACGAGGACAUCAGGAGUAGAGUGCUGGAGGAUCAUUUUACCUGCGACAAGAAGAAACAAGUCUCUUGUGAAGACCCUGCUGAUCUUGACUAUGAUUAUAAACUCAUGUCCUUUAGUCAAAAACAAUUUGUUCUUGCUCAAGGAGGCUUUGACGAAAGAUCAUACUUCUCCAAUUUUCAUCACUUGCUAGAGCAGAAGGAAAAAUCAGUGGCUCCAAAGGAAAUGGUAAGUGUGUUUCCAUGGAUAAUCUGGUUUUUGUGGAAAAACAGAAAUGGAGUUGUGUUUGAUGGAGUAGCAAAGGAAGCAAACAGGUUGGUUCAAAAAGCCAGAGAAGAAGCUGAAUUUUGGUUUAUGAACCGUGCCAAGGAGGAAGAGUGGAUUAAAGAGGAGAAGUCUCUCGCCCCUGUGAAUCAAAAGAGAUGGUCGCAACCUCCUUCGGGGUGGCUUAAAUGCAACAUCGGAGUGGUCUGGGAUAAACACAAGAAGAUGGGUGGAGCUGCUUGGAUAUUAAGAAACGAACAUGGAUCUGUCCUUAUGCAUAGCAGAAAAGCCUUCUUCAACUCCGCAGAUCUUGAUGAAGCUCGCCACUUGACGGUUCUCUUGGCAAUCGAAAGCAUGUCAAGUCAUCGGAAAACAAGAUCAUAUUUGCGGUGGAGGACUCCACAACAGUUGAAAUGA